AUGUGUCGUGAGUGGCCGCAUAUGGUGAAGCACGAUACCGGCGGCGAGGUGUCUUGCCGGACCGGGUCCGCACGCGGCCAUGGAGAAACGACCCAGCCUGCUGCCGCUCUCGACCGUGCCCCGCCUGCUCUCAGCCUUCCGGCAAUGCUCUCGACCGCUGGACACGACUACUUCGGGCCUGCGUCAGUCGCGGAUGAGCUCGGGUCGGACUCGUCUGCAGUCAUCGGCUCUGGGGAACUUUUUCGAUUUGCUGGACAAGGUCGCGGCUCAUCAGACGGGGUCGGAUUUCAGAAGUUGCGGCUCGUGGAUGUUGAUGCUCCCAAAGGUCGCAGCCCCGUCGGAGAUCGAGGGUCGCCGUUCACCUUCUCGCCGGAAAAUUGGGGCUCAAGGUCGCGGAUUGCUGCUUUCAUGGCUGCGGGAGUCUAG